UUUCAAUCCGGGCACCCAAUGUGUACAAUGACGUAAUUUAGGAAAUGCCAAGGAAAUGAUCUAAGACACAAACAAAUGGAGGAUCAACACAUAUAUUUUGAGCCGUCUCCUGGCAUGUACAGAUUUUUUGAAGGUAUAGAGGAUGAUGACAGCGGUGUGGAAGACCUGCCAUUCACCAAUUAUGUUGAACUAGAUGAUACCAGUGAGAAAGAUAGAGAUAUGUACAGUCAUAGUGUUAAUGCUGGAACUCUGUUUGACCAAGAUGAGGAUGAGCUGUCAUUUAUUGAUGAUGACAAGGACGAAGAUUAUAAACCAAGAACAUCAAACUUAUCUAAAAGGGGACAUACAAAGUUAGCAAAAAGACGCCAGUAUCCAAACACAAGUGUAACCGGGAACAAGAUGCUGAUGCAGACACCAGAGAAGCAGAUUAUAUCUCAGUGUGACACUGACAGUAACUCCAGUAUGAGACACUAUGCUCGUAAAGAUCGUACCCCAAACACAAUCAAGAAAAUGAUGGAAAGGCAUCGAGAAAGUGAAAGAGUGCGACACCAUAGUUUGAAUGAGUCAUUAAAGGAUGUAUGUAUGCGUGUACCAGGGUAUGACCCAGGAGCUAAAGAAACAAAGGUUAUACAAAUGCAAAGGAUCAUUGGUUAUGAAUGUUUCCUAGAGAACACAUUCCGUGCCCUGUGUGAACAACUGACUGUACCAUCAAAUUUUAUGCAGAAGUUAAAUACCCAGUUUAUAUCUGAUGCCAUGAAUAGUACACCAAUGGAAGAUUUUUACCAGCCCAGCAAUUACAGAACUAGUGAUGCAGAUGAUGAUGAGGAUGAUGACGAAAGACCAGUAACUAACCAUGGCCGAAGAAAUACCCAACCACCUGGACGCAGGUUAUCAAAGUCAUGUGGGAUUGAAGAUCCCAGGAUUUCAAAGUACCGUAGGGAAAAAAUUUCAUCCCCAACAGUUGAUUCUACGACAGACAACAAUGUGAGACUUGGUCCAUUAUACCACACAGCAGCCUUCCACGAGCAGGAUAGUACGCCAAAAUAUAUCACUCAGUUUGACUGUCACAGAUAUUGGAGUCAGGAGACUGGUUUUAAACCUAUUGAAUCAUCUCAGGAAUCAGGAAUCAAAGUUGAGACACAGUCCAGUCUGGAUGAUGACAGCCAUUUCCAUGAAAUAAACAAUUUGAUAGAAGAGGGACUAUACAGUGAAUCAGAACAUCUACGAACUGUUACACCAUCAUUUAUGCGAGAAGAGACAGUUAGUACAUCAACAUGUAUGGAGGAUACAGAUGAAGGUUUUGAUCUGUCCAGCCCAGUCCGAUACAGAGACACUGUAUUUCUACAUAGUCCAUCAACUAAGGGUAUCUGGCAUUCUGCCAGCAAGCACCAUCUUCCAGAUAAAGCCGAUACUCCCGGACAUAAAGAAAUGGAAAGUGUGUCACCAGAAAAUAUCCUUGAAACCAAACCGAAGAUUGACGCAGAAAUAGCUGCUACUUCAACAAGUGCUGGUUUUCACAGUACAAUACGACCAAUGACAGAGAUCCUCACAAAUCAGGCAAACAACAGUGAUUUUGAAUACACAGAACAUACAGUAUAUCCAUUGAAGAUGUUUUCAAAUACGCACCAGUUUACUCCAUUCACAGCAAGCGGUAGUUUACAUUCCAAGUCUGACAUUGAUACAAAUAAUAAAACAAAGCAGUUGAACAUAAGUGGAAAAUCUCACUCUUUCAAAACUUCUACGCCAAGUUCCGCUCCUUCCUCCAUUUCACAAAUAGGUGGAAAAGUCAUUAAGACAAUACCUGUAAGAAAUGUCAAAAUCCAAAUAGUGCAUGCAAGUCCAUCCCAGAGGAAUCUGCAGAAUAAACUAAUGGACGCAAGCUCAGUUUCAUCUACUUCUGCAGUGAAAUGUUUUAAAAACAUCUCAAAUGUAACACCUAAAGUUGUUCAUGUGAAUCCAGAACUGUACGACCAAACUCCCCAAAAUGUUAAGAAGGAGAAUUACAAUCCUGUACCAGAGAACCAUUUUGCUGUGACCCAGCUCAAGAGAAUACCAGUCCCUGUGAUGACAACACUUCAGGAAAUACCAGUCCCUAUGGGAUCCCCGCUUCAAUGUACAGCAGGAUUAUGCUCCCCUGAAAUGAAGAAUAAAAGGAAGAGAUACACACCAUUUAGGUCACCUUUCUUGGACAGGACAAAUCAAGACAGUGAUGAUGAUAGCUGGCCAUCUGAACAGAAAAAAGUAAAACUUUUUCAACAUGAAGAUGUUUUUGGUGGUGCUCCAAGAAUGUUGACCAGAUCUAGAGGGGAGACAACAGAUGUAGCUGAUGAUGUAGGACAAUGUAGUAUUAGGAACAGUGAGUUCAUACCAGGCUAUAGAAAGAUAGACCAUCGACGCUCAACUUGGAUGAAUGGUUUCAUGAUGUUUAGUCAAAUAAACAGACAGAAAUAUUUAAGAGAGCAUCCAGGAACACAUGUGUCUGUGAUACAGAAACUGCUCGGCCAGAUGUGGAGAAAUAUGACACACGAGGAACAAUUACCUUACAGAGAGAAAGCCAGUCAAUAUAGCGGGUAUAUUAAACAGGCACAGGCUUGUACAGCCUCAAUUGCUGACUCCAGUACCAGCUUCCAGGGGGAAGACAGGGAACCAGAGGUUGACCAGUCAGGAGUGGAACCAACUGUUCUUACCAUAGCUCCAGAAUAUUGGCAAUUUUCAUAAUGUAAAACCAGAGACUGUCCAGUCAGAAAUGGAACUACUCUCAACAAUACUGGCUCCACGUUUGCAGAACAUUUUUCAGCCUCUGCUGAAUUUGAGAUUGAAUUUUUUGAUAGCAGAUUUCACAAGAACUUCCCAAGAUUAAGUUCCAAAAGAGUAACAAUCAUCUGUUCUGCAAUUUAGGUAUACAUGACAAAGUUAGGUUUCAAACUCUAUUACAUCAUCAUAAUAAUAUUAUGUUUAACAAGACAUUUUAGCAUAUGGGAACUGCAUGUGGACUCCAUGUUUGUAUUUGUCAGGUGUCUUUUGCAAUAAAAAAUAAACGUCUCUGUGAAAGGAAUCUAGAUAUUUAAUCAAGUUGUCAAGGUUUGAAAUUACAUAUUUUAUUUACAGUUACAGUAAAUAAUUUUACACAUACUCAAUAGGAAUUAAGUAAUAGUUUAAGAAAAUGUGAUAAUAAUGUGAUGUGUAAUAGCUUCCCAGUACUUGGUGUAAGGUAGAAUCCUGACAGUGAAUAAACAUAUUGGAUUUCAGUUGGAUUUGCAAACCAUUCAGACAUCAGAUCCAAACGUUGGUUAGACACUCGGAUCAGACCAAUUUCCAACAUAUAUCCGACCAUUUUCUAAAAUAAAUAUGACCAUUUCCUAAUCAAAAUCAUUUCUAACCAACUAGAAUCCAGUGGGUAAACAGUUUGUUUUAGAGGUGGAAUUUCUUUUGGUUCACAUUGGAAUUUUACUUGAGAUCCAACUUGUAAUCAUUAUAUGUAUUUUCUCAUCUUUACUUCCUAGUUUGGCAAUGUAAGUAUAAUAAGUCGAAAAGGUAUUGGGGGAAUUUUGAAAUUUAGCCAUUUUUGCAUGAUUCUUCAACACUGCUAAACUUGCACCUGAAAUGUAUAGAAUUCGAGAGUUUCAUCUAUUUUAUUCUUUCUCUGAAAGAAAAAUCAACCAACAAAGAACAUGAUUACAGCACGCAAAACAAACGGGUUCAUUGUAAGAUCUGAAUACCUUUCUUAACUUUGGUAAAAAAAUUGGUUCAGUGUCACAUGUUUGCUAAGUUAAGUAUUGCUUAGCUUACAGGUCUAUUUCAUGAGUAUUUUGCUGAUUCUAUAUAAGAACAGUUUGGUAUGGGUGGUAUGUUUUCCAAUUAAUUCGGCUGAAGGAGCUAGUACACAUUCACAUUUGUUGAAGCUUGCUCAGAGACUGAGUUUCUUUUUCCUUACACAAAACUGAAGAUGGAUAUUCAACAUCUCUUACUCACUAAUACAUAAAUUAGUGUGUUAAGUUACCCCCUGUGACCCUACUCACUGAUACAUGAAUUAGUGUGUUAAGUUUACUUCCUGUUUUUUAUUUUGCCAUUUCCAGUUUCAUCAUUUUAUUUUCUUAUUUCAUUUAUUAGAACAAUUGUGAGAGGAUCUCUGUAUGAAUUUUUUCAUAUGUUUAUUACAAUCACUGUAACAGUAAGUUACGAGAUAGCUGUAAACACUAUCGCACACAGUAUGAUUUGAUUAGUAAAAUUUGUUGCCUUCUUUAUGAUAAUCAUAGCUAUGCAACAAGCAUGAAGUUUACAGUUUUUUUUAAUGAAAUGUAUGUUUUGUUAAAUGAAAUGAAAUUGUAUUAUUAGUUUUGGAUUAAUCGUAAUCAUGUUCUGUUUAGUCUUUUCAAGAGUUUUAAUUUCUCUGUUCAUCCCCAUUUUACUACACAGUUCUGAUGUAAUCAAUUUGUUGUAAAAAAUGAAAUAUCAGUUGUUUUUCCUUGAUCUAUGAUUUUUAAGCCUUGGGCAGCUAGUCCUUGGUGAUUGUACCUCAUUUACCGGUAUUGCUGUAUAAUACAGUCCACUACAGCAUGAUUUACCAUUAUAUUAUUUGUAUCCAAAUAAGCGGAAUAUUCCAAUAUUUAGUAUUCAAAUAAGUGGAAUAGACUACUGCUGUAUAAUACAAUCCAUCCCCAGCAAUUUACAAUUAUACUAUUUGUAACCAAAUAAGCAGAAUAUUCCAAUAUCCAAUAUUCAAAUAAGUGGAGUCAACUGUAUUGCUGUAUAAUACAAUCCACCCCAGCAAGUUAGCAUUAUACUAUUUAUUAUGUUUCCCACCACACAGUGGUGUGGGAGACAUAUUGAUUUACUCCUGUCUGUGUAUUUGUCUGUCUGUCACAAAUAUUGUCUGCACUCUAAGUCCAACAUUUCUCAUCCGAUCUUCACCAAACUUGAACAAAAUGUGUUUGUCAAUAAGGCCAAGUUCAAUAACUAGCCAAAUCGGCCCAGGCACUUCGGAAUUAUGGCUCUUGAAACUUGUUUUUUGAUAAUCAAAGCACUGAAAGUCUGAUAAGGCAGUUGUGGGAGAUAUGCGCUUUUCUCAAAAGCAGCUCUAAUUUACUAUCUAUCUCACAAACAAACCAGGAGCUUUGAUCAGGAUACUGUAAGUGUAAAAUAUAUAGACUGAUCUAACCUUUCCAUAACAAGAUAUAUCUCCAAUUUCUCUUUAAUUCUAUUCAUGAUAUGCAUCUUUCUGAAGGAGUGUGGUAAUAGGAGCUUUCUUGAACUUUCGUAUAUCUUUAUCAGUUUCUAAAUUUAUGACCAGAAACAUUUCUAUUAUAAAUUUUAGACAAUUUUGGAUCCCAAAAUAUUUUUAAGUUCCAGUUAUGAAUAAACUUGUCAAUGGAUUAUCAUAAAACUUUGAUGAUGUAUUGGUUACCAUGAAAGCAACAUUUUGAGUCUUUUAUAUGUCCAUUUUGGAAAAACAGGCAUAUUAUGUGAUUGCAUGUGAGUCUGUCCAUCAGUUUGUCUGUCCAUUUGUUCUAUUUAGUUUUCGCAGUAUAAUUUAAUAACCAUUCAAGGUAUUGACUUCAAACAUGGGCUAUAGGUAGAUGGAGAUCAGAUGAUUUGUAGAGCACAUGAACCAGGUCAGUAGGUGCAGGAUCAAGGUCACAGAAAGGUCAAAUCUGUCCAUAUGCAUGUGGUUCUGGGAUGAUCUGUGUAUGAAAAGAAUUGGAACCUCUGCCUUACCCUUGCAUGAUCGUAAGAGGCGACUAAUAGGGUCUUGAUACUUGGUUUUGCUGUAACUCUGAUUCCAGCAGGUAUGCAAAUUUUGAUUCCAUACCUCAUGUUUUUAUUUCGAUGUAAAUGAGAUGUGAAGCCAAAAUUUGUAGUCCUGUUUGGCCCCAUAUAACCUGUACUGUGUUAGUGCGCCGUAAAACCCAAAUAAAUAAAUAAACCGUCCAUAUGUUGUGUCCAGAGCAUGACUGGAUAAAAAUUCAAGGAAUUUACUUUACUGUUUCGUGACUGGUCCAGAACUCUGUCAUCCAUCAAGGGAUUACAAUAUUACUUAGCAUAAAUGUUCUCCAUAGUCAGACGACAUGUCAUGCGCAACACCAAGAACCUCUAGCUUAAAGAUCAAGGUCAUACUUGGUGAUCAAAGGUCAGUAUGUUUUUGUUCCUUUCAGGUUCAUAACUUUGUCAUGUAAAACAGUAUUUAAAUAUCAGUUGGUACAAAUAUUCCCCUAGAUGAGGCAAAGUAUCAUGCUCAAAACCCGGACCCUUAGCUGACAGGUCAAGGUCACACAUGGAAGUCAAAGGCCAAUUUGGCUUUUUUCCUGUCCUGUCUGUAACUCAAAAAUCCUUGAAGUAAUUUUGAUAUUACAUGGCACAAAUAUAUUCCAUAAGACACCCAGACCCAAAGGUCAAGGUCACACUUGGAGGUCAAAGGUUGAUAGGGUAUUUUUCCUGUAUGAAUGAUAACACUGUUGUCCAUGAAGGGAUUUUAAUAUUUCUUAGCACAAAUAUUUUCCAUAAAAAGACAAUGUGUCUUGCACAACCUCUUUAUCCCUAACUCAAAGGUCAAGGCCACUGUCAGAGGUUAAAGGUCAAUAAGAUUUUUUUUCCUCUGGUCCAUAACUCUGUCACCAAGUAAGGGAUUUUAAUAUUACUUGACACUAAUGUUCCCCAGAAUGAGACAGUGUGUCAUGUGCAAUACCCAGACCCCUAGUGCAAAGGUCAAGGUCACACCUGAAGGUCAAAAGUCAAUAUUGAUAUUUUUCUGUCCAGUCUAGAAUAUUUUUAUAUAAGCUCAUGUCAUAUGGACCUAAUUAAAAAUUGUUGGUGUAUUUUCUUCUGAAUUAAUACCCUUUAAUGUGAUGAUUUCUUACAUUUUUUUCUCAUAUUUUCCCACCAAUUUCAAAAUGAAACAUUAUCAGAAUGGAAAUUACAUACUUGUUCAUAUUUAUAGAUGUUAUAAAACAAUAACUGUACAUGUAGAUUUUUGUAUAUGCAUAUUUUAAUCCAUUUUUUCUUAUAUCAAAAUGAAAUGUUACCAAAAUUGAAAUAUAAUACUCUUUCAGAUGAUAUGAAACAAUCGACAACUGUAAAUUUUUGUAUAUGCGAAUUCUAAUCAAAGUGUUUAGUUAUGACAUAUUGUAUAUAUGGUACAAUAUUGUUUAUACAUCAUUGACAGAUAUCAGAUCAUGUUAAUACUGCAACCAAGAAAAUUAGGUGCCUUCCAGCAGGGGUGUGGAAUUUUUAGUUUUUUUUUUCACUUGUCCAUGGACAAGUUUGGCUGAAAAAUAUUCUUGUCCAAAGACUAAAUCUGCUUGUCCAUGGAAAACAUAUAUAAAACAGGCCUUUUGCACUCGUAUUUAGACAUGCAUGAAAUGUGCUUUGAGGACAGUUUAUGUGAAUUUAAUGCAUCUUUUUUGGGCAAAUUUUCAACUGUUUUUCCAGUGUAUAGGACGGAAAAUUUGUCCGCGAUGUGUGGAAAAAUCCUUGACACAUGCAUACUUAACAUGUUAGAAUGUUGUAUUCAUCUUUCUGCAGCCAACUGAAUUUGUCGAGCAGGCUCUCCUGAAAGACGCGAAUAUGUUUGCUGUUGUAUUUUUGUCUAUUUCUUACUUAGAUUUGCGUUUUUCGAACUCUUUCUGGCCAGGUCGCGCUCGAACCACCCUUUCAAAUGACAGAAACAGAUUGUCAGCCAUGCAUGAUAAUGUUUAUUAUAACACUGCCAUCGUUUUCUGUGGCAACAGCCAAUCAGCGCGUGGAAAUUUCCAGGUAGACAUUUAGUGAGAGGCUCCAUACGAGUUAUAAAAUAUAACUGAAUUUACCUACUAAAUUCGGUCGGGAAUUUCGCCGUUUCCCUUUGAAUAAUUGAUAGAAAAGCUUUAUGUUUAGAAUAAUAUUGUGAUACUGGAUACUAUUUUUAUUUCUGGCACAAGUUUUCACUUGUCCACGGACAAACGGGAUGAAAAAAUCUACUUGUCCGUCGGCAAAUUUUAAAAGCCCAUGUCUGACAAGUUGAACAUAGGAAUUCCACACCCCUGCUUCCAGUAUGGGACUUUGUAUUGCAUGGCAGUACUUCAUUCACUUGUUAUUUUAGUUACGCUAGUAAAAUUUAAGUGUAUUUUGUCUAGUUGAAAAGUCUGGUUAUGUUAAUAUUUUUUAAACAAUACAUGUUUUGAAGAAAGUUUCAAAAAUUUGAAUUGGUAAUAAGAACAUAUUUUCCUCUGAAACUGCUUGUCAGAAUUACACCAAACUUUGUCAGUAGCAUUCUGGCUUGGAACUGUAUCAAGUUUUUUCAAAUGAUCUAGCUAUGCCCCUUUUAGGGGCCAUCAGAGGUAAAAAUAGGAAGAAAAGUCUGUAAAUAACUUAUCUUCAUGACCCGCUUGAUGGAUAUUUAUCAAACUUGAUUUGUAGCAUCAUUUAAAGGUCCUUUCCAAUUUUAUUCAGAUAGUUCCCCUUGGCCUCAUUAUUACAUAAAAAAAUAUAUUUCACAUUUUCAGAAAGUUAUGACCCUUUUUGACUUGGUUUUCAUGUCAUUUCUUUUUUUAGUUACAAGGCUUUUGAGUAGUCUGCUGUCCUCUGACAGCUCUUGUUAUUUAAACAUCUCCCCCUGAAACUACCGGUACUGGUUAGAAUUACAGCAAACUGGCAUGGACCUCUCCCAAGUUUGUUCAAAUGGUUCCACAUGAUACUGUUCAGGGAGUACCAGAGCUAAAUAUAUAAAACACUUUAAAUGACCUAUUCUCAUGAACCACUUGAUGGAUCUUCACCAAAUUUUGGGUUUGUAGCAUCCUUGGAAGGCCUUCUCUCAGUUUUGUUUAAAUGGUUCCACCUGGCCCCUUUUAGGGGAUGUAAGAGCUAAAUAGGAGAGCUAAAAAGUCUCACCAUGAACCACAUGAUAGUCAACAAAAUGUCAAGUUUGUUCAAAUGGUUACUCAUUUUGGGGCCAUCGCAACAAAAAAUUAGAAUUUUUUUAUUAAAGAACUUUUAGCUAAAUUCUUUUAGGAUGUUCACCAAACUUAAUCAGAAGCAAGGCCAAAUGGUCAUGGUUUUCCUUAAAUGAGUGUCUUAGGUCCAUUUGGGCCUCUUAUUUUAGAUAUAUGGUCUGAAAAUGAAAAAGUAAAGAAAACUUGCCUUUAGGUUGUAAAGCAAAUAGUAUGAAUGCUUCAUUACUCUGUGAUUUAGAGAAAAUCAUGGUAAGCACAGUGUUUAUUUGAUUGUUGUUUGAUUACAAAGUGCCCAGAGCAUACUAAGUUAUUGUGUUCAAUGUGCUGUUUUGUAUGGAAGGUCGGUACACCAUACUAACUGCCAAUUGCUAAAUUUCAAUGUAUUAAUGCCAAAUGCUGUCAAGUGGUUAUUUUGAAAUGCUAAAUGCCAAUUGUUAAUUGCACUAUUGUGGAACAAUACAUGGAAAAUGCUUAUGCUAAAUACUUAAAUAGAUAAAGAGCUGAAUAAAUCAGUGGAUUAAUGCAUCAUUUGGAUUUACAUUGGCCUUUGUAUCAAAAUUGUUGUCUCCAAAAAUAUUUUGACAGAUUCUUGAGUGAACAGUUUCAAUCCCAAAUUCGCUUGAGGUAGAUCAUGCUUUUGCUUCAAAUCAGAAUGAUAGAACAUUUAAUUAUUAUAUUUACAAAUAACUUGGAAGUUACAUUCAUUCGUUUAUCAAAUCAUGGAGGAAAAUAAUUCAACAUUUUGCAUUUGUAAUUUGGCUGUUAGCGUUAAAUUUUUGGCAUUUAGCACAAGGUGUAUAUAUAGAAAGUUUUGUUAUUCAACAUUUGUCAUUAAGUAAUUGGCAUUUAGCUUUAAUCAUUUAGCACUUGGUAAUUAGCAUGGUUCACCCUGCCUUCCAUAGUUCGUUACAUGGUACCAUUUUAUGAUUGAUUAAUAAUGUUAAAGAUUUGCCUGUUUAAAACAAUUGUUUUAUUUCUAACGAUUAAAAUGGUAUAAAAGAA